AUGCCGAAGUCUACUCCCUAUAUCCGCGAGCGGAUAUGUGAGCUAAAGCGAUCAGCAAAAUGGGGUGCUAAACGUAUCCAAAAAUACGCUUUUCCCAAUAUUCCUCUCUCGACUAUCCACUAUACCUUACGGCAGGGCGCGAAACGCUGUCACGGUGUAUCUAUUACUCGCUCUAGGGCACCUCGUAAGCUGACGGAGGAAGACCGAGACCGUGUGUACGAUAUAAUCCAGAAUAACCCUAGUAUUACCCGUGAAGAUCUACUUACUGAGGUUAAUUAUAAGGUUAAGGCCUUCUUAAUCUAG